UGGUGCUUGUUGGCGACUGGUAAAUAGAGCCUCCACAGGCAGGAGUACUCUACCUCUGUAGUGCCCAGAACUACACUUAGGCAAAAAUGACAGAAGACUCUCUGUCCUGUGCUAGGAUACUGUCUGUGUCAUGAUAUUGAUUGUUCUUUCCUAGCUGUAAAAUCGUUUCAAGCCGCGGCCUCUUAAAACAAUUACAGCCCUGAAUGCAAAGAGGAUUUAUUUAUUAACAGCAGCUGCUGCUGUUUUAAGGCUGAAUAGCUUAUUGUCUCUGAAGAUAUAAAUUUCAGCAUCUUAGAGGAGAGAAAAGAAUCACUCGAUAUACUGCACUGGAAAGACCACACUUGGAAUACCGCAUCCAGUUCUGAUCGCCACGAUACGAAAAAGAGGUUGAGACCUUAGAAAGAGUGCAGAGAAGAGCAACCAAGACGAUAGAGGAUCUGGGGGCGAAAACACGCGAUGAAUGAUUGAGGGAACUGGAAAUGAAAACAGAACAGGCUUGCUUGGGUUCCAGAAAGAAUUAUUGACUGGCCAAGGGAGGCAGGAGAAAUCGCCUUUCAACUCAGCUCGCUUUUGCACUUUCAAAGAGAGCUCCUCCCAAAAACCUGAAGGAUUUUCCCCACGUGGGGAACGAUGAUUAUCUGCACCAGACCAAGGCCCAGAACGGACUUCCCGAAGCAGCAUCCACACGAAGAACUGGUUGUUCACCUGUUUGAAUCCCACCACUGCUCCACUUCCCCUGCAGCAACGGCCUUUUCCACCCAAGGCACUUGGCUGGCAGUGGAAGGCGUGUGUGUAGCCGUUGUGAGUCAGUCGGAGCAAGGAAGCCGGCGAGAAGAAAAGAGAAGCUGGGGCUACCGAGUUGGGGAAAAAGGGACCCCCCCCUCCCCCAGACAGGAACUGCCAGGAGAUCCGGAAAGGGGAAUCGGGUCGGUUGGAUCUGGCGGCUGGAGAAACUUCUUCUGGGGCGGCCUGGACCCUUGGAGCCCCCAGCCCACUCCCGCAGCCCCCCUCGCCUGCCUGCCUGCCUGCCUACCUGCUGCUCCAAGCGCUCGCUUAGCCAGGCUUUGGCUCAGAUUGCGGAGAACUGAGGCCGGCCUAGAAGGCUGCUCGCCACGGACUGGCGGGGGCUGAAGCUCGGGGCGGGAGCCGCGGAGCCCCCCGCGAGGGACUGGAUCGGGCAGGCGCUAAGUUUCUCCCGAGUUGUCGUCCCCGGGAAUUGGAGCCCGGCUGGGGGAAUCGGAGCUAGAGCGGGGCUGUCUCAGGCUCCAGGCCGGCUUGCCAGCCGCCCACCCGGGCGAAGGGGAUGCGCGUCUCCUCGGCUGCCGCUUCCACCCGGGAGCCUGGUCUCCGAUGCCUCUCCUGCGCCGCGGCGGCCGCUCUCCACGCGAGUUCCAGUUAGGACCUGCCGGUGCGUGGCGGGGAAGCGGCUGGGUCCACCACUAGCAGCUUCCAGCCCGGGGUGGGCGAAGAGGAGCCUCGAAAGAGAGGGGGGGGGAUUGGGAGACGAAGCCCCCUCCCGCUCCCCACCGAUCGCCCCUGUCGCGCGUGGGCUUUCCGGCUGCCUCCCGCGAGCUCUCCCGGUCGCCUCCUAUGACAUUUGGAAUUAAAGUUUGGGCUUCCGAAAACAGCCAAGAUGCCGUUCCAUCCCGUGACGGCCGCCUUGAUGUACCGGGGCAUUUAUACCAUCCCCAACAUUUUGGCAGCGGAUCCGAAUCCGGUGGACAUUCCCGAAGACGAGUUAGAAGAGAUCCGUGAGGCCUUCAAAGUCUUUGACCGAGAUGGCAACGGCUUCAUCUCUAAACAAGAACUUGGCACUGCCAUGAGGUCUCUCGGCUACAUGCCCAAUGAAGUGGAGUUGGAAGUCAUCAUCCAGAGGCUGGAUAUGGAUGGGGACGGGCAAGUGGACUUUGAAGAGUUUGUGACGUUACUGGGACCCAAGCUUUCCACUUCUGGCAUACCAGAGAAGUUUCAUGGCGCUGAUUUUGACACCGUGUUCUGGAAGUGCGACAUGCAGAAGCUGACUGUUGAUGAGCUGAAACGGCUGCUGUACGACACCUUUUGCGAGCAUCUCUCCAUGAAGGACAUUGAAAACAUCAUCAUGACCGAGGAGGAAAGCCACAUGGGGAACGCAGAGGAAUGUCCAGUGGACGUGGAAACGUGCUCGAACCAACAGAUCAGGCAGACGUGCGUCCGGAAAAGCCUCAUCUGCGCUUUCGCCAUCGCGUUCAUCAUUAGCGUCAUGCUCAUUGCCGCCAACCAGGUGCUGAGAAGUGGGAUGAAGUAACCUCUGGAGAAGGAACCGACGCCUGGAUUAAUGGACAGCUGGACUUCCUUGAAGGAGCGAGGGAAGAAAUCUAUAGACCUACCUAUAAAUUUUACCUUUAGCCACCAGGACCCGGGGCUGGGGGAAACUGUAAUUCCUCCGUGGCAAAACUGCGUGCGUGCACAGACACAAACACAGAGACAAAGUCACCUUCCCUUUCGACUCCCUUUAGGGUCCCCCCUCCCAGGAGAGACAGCUGUCUUCUGAACAGAUAGCAUGGCUUCCCCAGGGAGGGUCCCACUCGGCGAAGCCGAGGGGCGUUAUCGGGACCCACAUGGUGAACUUUUUAAACUAAACUUUGGAAGCAUGUCUAAGUGCAUGAGGACCCUUUUCCACCACCCCCCUUCCUGAUCUGAGUAAUGCAAUACCCUGUUCUUUUAUAAUCCGAUAGUAGGACCUUACAAGAUAUAUAAAGAUAUUCUAUAUAUAUAAAUAUAACAUAUAUAUAUAUAUUUAUGAUCAACCGAAUAAUCAGUUAAGCAAUAUAUAACGCGUCAGGAUUUUCUAUCCAAGAUUCAGGCAUUUGCAUGACCAUCAACACAACAAGGGCUGGACCACGAAUCCAAAACAGUUUGUAACUUCCUCCUACCUCCUCUUGGGAGGUUUUUUUCCCCAGA